CAGGCCAUGUGGAGGAUGACUACAACUCCCGGCAUGCAGCGCGGGCGACGCCAUGUUGGAUUGACAUUCCCACAUGAAUCCAUGCAGGAGAGCGGCCUGAGCACUGGACCCGCCCCGCUGAGCGCUGAUUGGGUGAGCUGGCCGGCGGCGCCGUCGCUGGUUGGCGGGGGACGUGUGCUCGUCACGGCCGUCUCCAUAGACAGGGGGAGAGUGAGAGGUUUCCAUGUAAAUGCAGCAGGGGAUUCAAUGCAGUUAUUGUCCCUCAUCCGGCCACCAAGACUUCCCUCGCUACUGCUCUACAGAUCUCUGGGUUCUACAACCUCCGACCCAUUCUCUGUCCUCAGCGCUGAGAAAGGAUCCGACCCAAUGCUCAACAGAAAGCUGGGCUGCCAGGGGUUCGGGGCGUCAGUGGCCGCGAUGACCUCCUUCCCUCCACAGAGAUACCAUUACUUCUUAGUGCUGGAUUUUGAGGCGACCUGCGACAAACCUCAGAUCCAUCCUCAGGAAAUUAUUGAAUUUCCCAUCCUGAAGUUAAAUGGCAGAACAAUGGAGAUAGAGUCCACGUUUCAUACAUAUGUGCAGCCUGUGGUACACCCACAGCUCACCCCAUUCUGCACGGAGCUGACGGGCAUCAUCCAGGAAAUGGUAGACGGGCAGCCGACUCUCAGCCAAGUUCUGGAGAGAGUUGACGAGUGGAUGGCCAAAGAAGGCCUCUUAGACCCCAGUGUCAAGUCUAUCUUCGUCACUUGCGGAGACUGGGACUUGAAACUUAUGCUGCCAGGACAGUGUGAAUAUUUAGGCCUACAGGUUGCAGAUUACUUCAAGCAGUGGAUUAAUCUGAAAAAGGCGUACAGUUUUGCCAUUGGCACUUGGCCUAAGAACGGACUUCUAGACAUGAACAAGGGUAUGAGCCUGCAGCACAUAGGGAGGCCCCACAGCGGAAUAGAUGACUGCAGGAAUAUCGCCAACAUCAUGAAGACCCUGGCUCACCGAGGCUUCAUCUUCAAGCAGACCUCCAGGCGCAUCUAAUGUAGUCAGGAGAAGGGCUGGGGGUGGGCGCGGGGCAGGAGGCUGCAUGUAGCUCUUCCUUUAACAUGUGUUCACAUGGGUGGACAAACUCAAGAUCCAGGACUCAAGGUGGAGGGGCAAAACAACCUGAUUGUCAUGGACUGACCGCCGGUGUGAGAAUCGAGCCAUUGCUGUAUAUAUAUAUAAAUAUAUCCACCAUGAAAUCUACAUACCUGUGAACCCACCACUCCAUCCGUCUAACCCUAGAUGAUGACUUUUCCACUCCCCAUCCAUCCUACAUGCUCCCGUGUCUUCUCCCAAAUGUCCUAGGAAGGCUAGGGUGGCCUAGUAGACCUCUGUAUUAUAACCACCCACCUGGCAUCAGAUCUCUUGGACAUUUUGAGAUUGUACACGUUUAUAAACUGGAUUAUUUAACCAAGAGGCCCAGUUGGGCAGACACGUACAUAUGACAAUAGUAAAUGGUGGUAUGAAGACAAAAAAUGGAGUCUGAAGAGGUAACCGGUUAGUGUUGAGUUAGUAAGUACGGUGGCACGUUCCACCUAAAACAAUAAGUUUGUAGAAGUUUUUGAAAACGACUGAGUGGAAUAAUGGUCUAAUUGGGCCUUUUCCAUAUAUGACCUUCACACAGUGGGAAGGUACACACAGAAAUAGAAUAACCCAAGCUGCUUAGAGAGUAAGGAACGCCUCCCCAUAUUAGAUGCUCUUUCAGGUACUCUUUUCAACUGUUUUCUGGUCUGGGAAGUUCUAAAUUCUAUUGCAGCUCUUUGGGUUUCUCCUAUAAGAGACCUCCACCACCGCGUAUCUAUAGGGUGCCCACCCAUCCUGUCUGGUAUAAUCCAUUUAUGUACUUUGAUUAUUGAUCUUGUUACUAGAUCACUGCAGUUUACUACAUGAAUUCUAUACAUCAAGGCUUAGAAAUACCUUUUUUAACCCCACCUACCCCCACCCCCCCAAAAAAAAGAACCCUACCAUAUAAUUUGCUUAGUAGUAGUAAAUAUCUGAAGCCGCGUAUGCACAUUUAUUUUUCUGGUUUCUAAUCUGAGGGUUAGUUCCUUUUGCUGGUGCUCUUUCUAGACAAAUCCUCAAUGUGCAGCAUCUAGGGAAAAUGAAGAACUCUAGAAUGAAGAAUUAGGAUGUGCAGCCAUAGCGCAAUGGAAGAUUACUCCGUAUUCAGGGAUAACACAAUUGUCACAUACUGUCACCUCCUAGGACUGGUAGAUGGUGGAGUGUUGCAUCACUUAUAAAGGCCAUCACUGUGUGACAUGUAUCCAGUGUUCUCUUUAUUUAUGUAAUAAGUGAUCCCAGUUAGGCACGUUUUUAAGCUCUGUUUUGUCAUGAAGACCAUAAGAAAAUAGCCUGAUCCUCUCGCUGAUAGACAUGCGGUGGACAAAAGACCAUUGGUCAUAACCUGCCCUGUGGCCGAUCUUAAAGGAGAAAUCCCUUGACCAGCAAUAUGUCUUUCAUUUGGAUUUUACGUAAAAAACCUGGAUGUUACAUUAACCGCUUUCCAGGUUCCAGGUAUUGUUUCUGAUUGUGAUAGAGGAGAUUUCAGUCACAUGACUUUUACCUGGCCAUCCUCAAUCAUUAAUUCAGUGACAUAUGUCCUCUCCACAUGUGCAGACCGCGCUGCUCUUCUUGGGGCAUCUAUCCUGACUUUGAAUGAGGCCUAACCUGAAUUGCAGUUUGCAGUAGGUGUUACAUCACCUAAGGAACAGUGUGACUUUUAAUGUAAGGGUUACGAGCUACGUAACCUCAGACUACGACGCAGACUAACUCAGAAACUUGAUAUUUCUAUAGAGAGAAAGUUGUGGGAUUUGUUAGUAUAUUUUAUUUGCAAUUGAGACUAGCUUGCGUGAGAGUUUUUGUAAGAAAUUCUAGACCUAUUUUCUGGACUAUUCCUAUUUAAAUAAUUAGGUUCAGCAUGCCUAUGGUUGAGUGUUACCCAAGGAAAUCUAUUACCCAGAGCUAUGGGUAAUGGUUAGAUGGGUGACAAAGAAGCCCGAUGACAAGUGUUAGAUUGCCUUGUACUAUAUGCAUGGAAAGGUGAUCAUAAUCAUUUCUGUUCCUUUAGCCACUGCCAAUAAACUGCAGUGUUUCUCAUCCUUCAUUUAGCGGUGUCCCCUAUACCCUAGAUGGUCAUCUCUGUCCGAUGUAACAAGCGUUUUAUUCCACAGUCCCCAGAACGGGAAUGGGGUCCGUAGGCCAGUGGAGACAAAAAGCCUCAAUGCAUAGUUCCAUUUCACUCUGAGGGUUUGAUGUCCAACCUCGACCUCUUGACACACAGAACCGAUUUGUCCCCUUCCUCUGUGACAAUCCAUUCAUUAGCCUCCUGCCCCUCACUGAGACCCCUGCAGAAGACGCGGUAAUAUCACCUCCUACUGCGGAGCAACAGGAGUGUCCUAACGCUGACCUCAAUGUUACAUUACAUGCACGGCGGGUGUUGUCGCUCCAGUUACGUGAAGAUUAAUAAAAUGAACAAAAUAAAACAAGACAAAAAUAAAAAGAAGUCAGAUUCA